AUUAUUAUUUUUUUUAAUCUUUUGUUAACUUGUACUACUUUCAAUUGAGGCCAACGGUUGAGAUUCAUUUGUUAGAUCCAAUCGCUAGAGGGAGUGAAAAAUCACAAUCCUUAAAAGCUUUCACAGCAGGAGUGGCCCCGCAAAGCUUUUUUAGCCAUUAGGGUUGAGGAAGAAGAAAGACCCAAAGGCCGAGAAACACCAAACCCUUCUUUUUUGGUCAGACAGACUCGGCGGCGACUGCUAAUUUCUCAUCAUGUCUUGGUGCACAAUUGAAUCCGAUCCCGGUGUUUUUACAGAACUUAUACAGCAGAUGCAAGUUAAAGGCGUACAAGUAGAGGAGUUGUAUUCCUUGGAUCUUGAUUCUCUAAACAAUCUUAGGCCUGUGUAUGGGUUGAUUUUCCUUUUCAAAUGGCGCCCAGGGGAGAAGGAUGAACGUCUUGUAAUUAAGGACCCAAACCCUAAUUUAUUCUUUGCUAGCCAGGUCAUCAAUAAUGCUUGUGCUACACAAGCAAUAUUGUCUAUUCUCAUGAACUGCCCAGAUAUUGAUAUAGGCCCAGAACUAUCAAAGUUGAAAGAAUUCACUAAAAACUUUCCUCCAGAACUCAAGGGUCUGGCUAUAAAUAACAGUGAAGCUAUACGUGCAGCCCAUAAUAGUUUUGCGAGGCCUGAGCCUUUUGUUCUGGAGGAGCAGAAGGCUGCUGGGAAAGAUGAUGAUGUCUACCAUUUCAUAAGCUACAUACCGGUUGAUGGGGUUCUCUAUGAGCUUGAUGGACUGAAGGAGGGACCCAUUAGCCUUGGUCAGUGCCCUGCUGGUCCAGGUGACAUGGAAUGGUUGAAGAUGGUACAACCAGUAAUCCAAGAACGUAUUGAGAGAUAUUCCAAAAGUGAAAUACGAUUCAAUCUCAUGGCAGUUAUCAAGAACAAGAAAGAGAUGUACACUGCUGAACUUAAGGAGCUCCAAAAGAAGAGGGAACGCAUCUUGCAGCAGCUGGCUAUCAUACAGUCAGACAGACUUACAGACAAAACCAGUUUUGAAGCACUAAACAAACAACUUUCAGAAGUGAAUUCGGGGAUUGAGGGUGCCACCGAGAAGAUUUUGAUGGAGGAGGAGAAGUUCAAGAAGUGGAGAACUGAAAAUAUUCGUAGGAAACACAACUACAUUCCCUUCCUGUUCAACUUUCUUAAAAUUCUCGCUGAAAAGAAGCAACUGAAACCCCUUAUUGAGAAAGCUAAGCAGAAAACUAUCACCCCUAGGUGAAGUGUUUCUUGUUUUGUUUCUCUUCUUUUGGUUGACUAGAUGCCCAGUCGAAACUACAGGUUUAGUGCAAAUCCAAGAAAAAGAGUGAGCAUAAGACCCUUUAUGAUCAUUUAUAACUUUCUCCGUGGAUUUAUUUUAGUCUUUUCUUCCUUGUUUUGAUGACAACAAUCUGCUCAAGAUAAGCAACCUUUGGGUGAUCGAACAUGCUUCGGAGUCAGAUAGUUUGGUGCCACUUUAGCUCAUGAGUAGGAGUGUAUGCAUCAAACAAUAGCUAUUCAAGUUUCUAUUGUCAUUUGCACUAUUUUACGGGCAGGGCCCUCAUCUCAAAGGACUAGCCUAUUGGGUGAGGUCAGGUGAUUUAGUCUUCUAUUUAAGUCCAAGCUUUGGACUCAGCACACAACAGCAUCAUGUGACAGCUCUUUCGAUCAAUCCUUGAUACCCGACCCACACCGUUAUGUGGGGUUUGGUGUAGUGUCCCAAUCUGAUACAGUAGUGAUUCAGCACAGCUCGCUUAUCACCUGUUCCGGGAUUAAGUUUAUGUCAGCCCAAAAAAUUGGUUUAUUAGAAGAUAUGACCUAAAAUGGUACGAUGAUACGGAAAAAAUGAUAUAA